AUGCCAAUGACGACGCUGUGGCAAAUGCCUAUGCCAGUGCUUUACACACCCAGCCCACUCGAUCUUGGGCCAAUGACGAAGGCUGUGCAUGGCAUUGGACUCAGCGUCCAUCUUCACAAACAACCUUGUAACUCUUCGCAACUCUCCAAGCAGCCUUGGAAAUCCGAGUCUUAUGCAAUGAGUCCGGAUGUGGUUGCCGAGGCCUUGGCAACUGCAGCUUUGGGUGCUGAGGCAGACAAGAGCGAGCCUCUUGAGGUGAUUCUUUCUCGCCUUGAUGAGUCUAAGCGCCAAACGCUCCUGCCUGGGCAGUUCCCUAUGGAGGCGGGCGAAGUGUCGGCCUUCGCCGUGAGUCGCAUGCCACGAAGGCAAAUUGCAGGGAGCGGCCCUGGCCUGGCCAGACACCCAAAGCCCUUCUCUCCGGCCCGCACGACUGGUGGCGCCUUCCUGAGCUCAGGUCAUCUUCCCCAACGUGACCUUACCUCCUGGGAGCAGCAGAAAGCAAUCAUGCCUGAGAGAAGUUGGAGCCAGUCCGCCAUAACCUGUGUUGUGCGCGAUGGCUCGAUGUCAGCCCCGGCAUCACCGCAGCGAAUGCGGUGCAUUUUCACAAAAACGCAAAGUCACGGCUCUUUUGCUACUCGGCCGGCUGAGACGGCAGAAGGCUUCUUCGAUGAUGUCCGGGUGCUGAGGAGUCGUGGGGUCGUGGACAGCCAGCAAGGCAUCGCCGGAGCAGCAGUGCCAAAAUCCAUCGGUUCAGACGAGGUUGCCGACGGUGCCAGUGAAAGUCCGUCCGCAUGGUAUGCUCCGAUAACUCGAAUCGACACAGAGGUCCGUUUGCCGGGCGUCCAACCCCAAGGUCGAGCGGUUCACGACCGCAGCAAUGCAGCGAAGGCAUGGCGAACGAAGGCAGAUGCUGCCGUGGGCCAGCAUUGCCAGAAAUUCAUCCGCUUUGGAGUUGACAUCCUCCCGUGCUCGCUGCUUUUCCGAUGGCAAAGCCAUGCUCUGCGGCUUUGGAGCAUAGGUCGGUUGGGGGGGUUGUUGUGGGCGGAUGGCUUUAGUCUGCAGCUGAGGGCCAUGGCUUUGGCCCGCCAGCUGCGGCGAAGCCUGGCAGGGCUGGGUGCAUACUCCUUAUGCCUCCUGGGCAUUCUGCUCGGUCCUUCUGGACAUCUUGGCGGAAUGUUUGGGCCCUUCAUUGCUGUGGUUUCGAUCACUCUGAUCUGCGCAAGCGGAGUCUAUGUCGUUCACAUCAUGAGCAAGACAUUCUCCUCACAAGAAAGUGCAGGUCAGCAUGUGGUUCUGGCUUUCGUGUGGCUGAUAGUCUUGGCCGUGAUGCUCGCAGUGGGCAUGGGUCCGACACAGGUCGCGGUGGAGCUGAACCUCGUUUCAGACCUGCACGGGGUCAGUGUUUGUAACUGGAGCGACUGGAGCGACACCGGUGGUGGGGUUUUUUUCCGAGAUGGCAGCACGCUGCUUGGCGACAGCAGAGAAGAGCUGCCCAUCUCCCACGUGACGGUGGAUAAAUGCUGCGUCAGUGCAACCCUGAACUGCCGGGAGUUGCACUUGGAAGGCAUCAAGCCGCUUCGGGUGGUACAUGAGACCCAGGAGGCGGGCAAGCGGCCAGUGGAGUUGCAACCGGACUCAGUAGACCAAGCCUCUGGAGGGCUGCUUUGGGAGGGCGCCCUGGAUUUGGCACGGCACCUUGCGGAAGGCGGCCUCGAGAGGUCAGAGGGGACAGCUGUAGCAGACAUGCAGCACGAGCUGGUCGUCGAAGUCAAUGAAACACGCGAAAGCACUCUGCGCCACAUCACUGCCGCCAACUGUGCUGCCAAUGACAUCCAGAUCGGCUUGCCGGAUGAAACAGGAGUGAGUGCUCACUAG